AUGACGUCGCAACACCUCACCGCCGCGCAGGUGCUCGAGCACCCGGCCCUCUCGUCGGUCAAGUACACGCUGCAGCCUACCAGCAGCGGAACCUCGACGGUGUCGACGGGUCGGCGAGGGGGGCCCGUGAAUCUGUAUUAUGAGAUCCAUGGACGGGGGGAGAAGAGAGUCGUGUUCAUUAUGGGCCUAAAUGCAACGCUGCAAGACUGGAAACGCCAGACCCGAUACUUUGCCCACCCCUCCCGAGCAGACGAAUACCAAGUUCUCGUCUUUGAUAACCGGGGCAUCGGACGGUCUGAUAAACCGCUCUGCUUCUAUUCCACGUCCGAGAUGGCGCAGGAUGCAGUCGACCUACUACGGAACCUGAAAUGGAUAGACGAAGCAGGAGGAGAAGAAGGAAACAAGGGAGAAAAGCGAUGCAUCCAUCUCGUCGGCGCGAGUAUGGGCGGGAUGAUCGCGCAGGAAGUCGCAAUGUUGAUUCCCUACCAGCUUCUCAGUCUGAGUUUGAUCUGUACUGCGCCGCGGGUCGUGCGCUCGACUCCCUUCUUCGAGAACCUGCGCGGGCGCGCCGCCAUGUUCCUGCCGAAACCCAUUGACGCGGAACUCGACCGCAUGGUGUAUACGCUUUUCGGGGAUGGGUUUGUCGACCACCCGGACGAUGAGUAUGAGGAGGGCUCGCCGAACAAUUUCCCCACGAGACGGGACCGGUUCGCUGCCGGACAACUGCUUAAGAGGGCGGACACGGAAUCCUUCACGAAGAAGGGGUUUCUCCUCCAGGUUGCGGCGUGCAAUUUCCAUAAGAAGUCGCCGGACCAGCUUAAGUUGCUUGCGGAUUCCGUCGGGCGCGAGAGGAUCGCUGUCAUCCACGGCACGGCCGAUCGCAUGCUCACCUAUCGCCAUGCGGAGAUCCUUCGCGAGGAGCUGGGUGAAGGCAUCUUCUUCAAGUCGUACGAGGGUGUUGGCCAUAUGUUGCCCUGGGAAGUUGAGCAGGACUUGAACGAGUUGCUCGAGGGGCGGUUUAACCUGAAAUAA